UCUGUUUUGAAGCAAGCAAUUCAAUAAUAUAAUGAUGAUUCUUCAUGUUAAAUCUUUGCCCUUCUGAUUAACCUUGCAACUUCGAGAAAUUUCAACCACCUCUCUCUCCCAAAAUCUCAGAGUGUGCUGCUUCAGUGUCUGGUAUCAAAGAUGGCAACAUUGACUGCUUCAAGUAACUUAGUCUCUAGAAAUUCUCAUGUCCAUCAUGGACCAACAACUGCUUCAUAUGAGUCUAAAGCAGUAGCAAUGGGACUUAGAUCUCUAAAGCAGACAAAUACUCAUAGUGGACUUAGAAUUUUUAACCCGGUGGAUGAGCUACUUAACAGAACCCCAAUUAAAACCAAUGCAAUGCAAGCUAUGAGGAAGGGACCUCAAGGCAAGAAUGCCUGGCCUAAAGGUAUAAUCACAUGUGGCAUGACUUUCAUAAUUAUAGGAACGGAGGUGGCUCCAUGGUGCAAAACUGGUGGGUUAGGAGAUGUUCUUGGAGGUCUACCACCAGCAUUGGCAGGUUUCGGGCAUCGAGUAAUGACUAUUGUGCCACGCUAUGACCAGUACAAAGAUGCAUGGGAUACAGGUGUUGUAAUUGAGGUGAAAGUAGGAGAUAGAACAGAAAAGGUUCGCUUCUUCCAUUGCUAUAAGAGGGGAGUUGAUCGUGUCUUUGUGGAUCACCCUUGGUUUCUUGAAAAGGUCUGGGGCAAAACUGGACAAAAACUUUAUGGACCAACUACAGGAGAUGAUUACGAAGACAACCAACUGCGUUUUAGCCUCUUUUGCCAGGCUGCUUUGGAAGCCCCAAGGGUUCUGAGUCUUAAUUCCAGUAAAUAUUUCUCUGGACCAUAUGGUGAAGAUGUCAUUUUCGUCGCCAAUGAUUGGCACACUGCCCUUAUCCCCUGCUACUUGAAAAGUAUGUACCAGCCAAGGGGCAUCUAUAUGAAUGCCCGGGUUGUUUUUUGUAUCCACAACAUUGCUUACCAAGGAAGAUUUGCAUUCGCCGACUUCUCACUUCUAAAUCUCCCAGACCAAUUUAAGAGCUCCUUUGACUUUAUUGAUGGGCAUGUUAAACCAGUGGUUGGAAGGAAAAUCAAUUGGUUGAAAGCUGGACUUAUAGAAUCAUGGUUUGUGAUAACUGUUAGCCCAAACUAUGCUAAAGAACUGGUGUCAGGUCCAGACAAGGGAGUGGAAUUGGACAACAUCCUUCGCAAAAUUGAUGAUGAUGGUCGUUUGGUUGGAAUUGUGAAUGGCAUGGAUGUUCAGGAGUGGAAUCCAACCACUGACAAAUAUAUAGCUGUCAAAUACGAUGUUUCAACAGUAUUGGAAGCAAAGGCUCUUUUGAAAGAAGCCCUCCAAGCAGAAGUUGGAUUGCCGGUCGACAGAAAUAUUCCUCUUAUUGGUUUCAUUGGUAGGCUUGAAGAGCAAAAAGGUUCUGAUAUUCUUGCAGAAGCUAUUCCCCAAUUUAUCAAGGAGAAUGUUCAGUUGGUAGCCCUAGGAACAGGAAAAAAACAAAUGGAAAAACAACUACAGGAACUUGAAAUAUCAUACCCUGACAAGGCCAGAGGAGUGGCAAAAUUCAAUGUUCCCCUAGCCCACAUGAUAAUUGCUGGAGCUGAUUUUAUAUUGGUUCCUAGCAGAUUUGAGCCUUGUGGUCUCAUUCAGUUACAAGCUAUGCGCUAUGGAUCUGUACCAAUUGUUGCCUCAACAGGUGGAUUAGUUGACACUGUCAAAGAAGGUUUCACUGGAUUUCAGAUGGGUGCCUUCAGUGUUGAAUGUGAUGCUGUGGAUCCAGCUGAUGUGGAUGCUAUAGCAAAGACUGUCAAAAGGGCCCUUGCAGUCUAUGGAACUCCAGCUUUUACAGAAAUAAUAAAGAACUGCAUGGCUCAAGAUCUUUCCUGGAAGGGGCCUGCUAAGAAGUGGGAGGAAGUGCUGCUAAGCCUGGGAGUUCCUGGCAGUGAACCUGGAAGUGAUGGAGAAGAAAUUGCUCCACAGGCAAAGGAAAAUGUGGCAACACCAUAAUAAUGAGAACAAAGAUGUGAGGGAAUCUUAGUCUCAUGAAGUUCCCCCAGCUCCUUGCUUCUUAUUAAUAUUAUGUUUUAUCCUUCUUCCAAUUUUUGUUUUCUUCUAAAUAUAUUAUAGAAAUGUACAUGGACACGGAAAUUACACUAUUCAAAUCAGUGUAGUGAGUGCAUGUCUUCAAGAUUAGCAUAAAUUAAAGCGUUUCUUAAUAGCCUAGAUAUGACACAGGCUAUGUUGGGCAAACAAGGAGUUGUGCUGUAUAUCCAACUUGUACUGCUUUGUGCUUAUUGUAUCUGCAUGUUUGGCUCCAAAAGGUGCGUUUAUAAAACGUAAUUUUA